UAUGGAGUCUGAAUCGGGAAGCGUGCCGAAUUCAAAAGUGGAUUUUAAUGAAUUAAGUAAUUUAUUAAUUGGUCCUAAUAAAAGGAUAAGAGAAAAUGUCGUUAUUCCAGUCAGCAUCGCUCCACACAAAUUUAAAACGAAGGAAGAAAUUAUGAUUGAAAAUAUAUUUGAAAGUUGUGGAUUUAAAACGGGCAUAAGCUGUGUUUUAGGAUUUGGAUUAGGAGGAGCCAUUGGUUUGUUUUCAGCCAGUGUUGAUCCAAAUCUAGCAGGUGUCAGUCAGGAAAAACAAACAGUUCGACAAGUGUUAAGAGAUAUGAGAAUGAAAACAGUAUCUUAUGGUAAAAAUUUUGCAAUCAUUGGAGCUGUGUUUGCUGCAACUGAAUGUAUUAUUGAAAGUCAUAGAGCAAAAAGUGACUGGAAAAAUGGGACUCUGGCUGGAGCUGUAACUGGCGGUCUUAUUGGAUUGAGAGCUGGAGUAAAAGCUGCAAUUUUGGGUGCUGCUGGAUUUGCUGCAUUUUCAACAAUCAUAGAUUAUUAUUUACGAUAGCAUUGAAUUAGAUAGCAAAACUUAAUCAGUAAGUUUUAUGCAUUCAAAUAGCCCAUGAAAGACGAGAAUUGGUGGAAGAUCAGGAUCCACAUUCUCUGCUUUAUGAACAUUGUAAGCCCAGUGGAGAUUCAUUCUAGAAAGUAACAUAUAACAUUUUUUUAUAUGUAUAGUAAAUUACCUUGUAUAUAUAUAAAAAUUAUAUAUAUAUAUAAUAAAACCU